GGCUGAUGGUCUCUCCCAUCGACCCCCUCCUGGAACAAGAUCCUCUCCAUCUGCAUUGGGCGCCCAACACGCAUCCGUCCAACACAUGGGCGUCCUAGAGGGACCAGGGAGAGAGACAAAAUAGGAGAGAGAAAACAAGAGAGAAAUUAGGAAAGAGAAAAUAGGAUAGGAAGAGACACAAAACUCUCACUGAUCCCUCUUCGGCACACCCUUGCAUUGGAGAGGAUCUAAGUCCCUUGUAGUGCAUUUUCCGGUGUUGCUAGUCGUCCGAUGUACACUAGAGGGUUGGCGCACUUGAGGGGAUUUGGAUUUGUAGCCCUGCCGACUGUCCGAUCUGCACUGGGCGCAUUUGAGCAUAUCUGGUCCUCAGUGUAUUGGGAAGCGACUGCUCCCAGCCGUUGGAUGCGUUUAGGACUCAACGCGGCUGGAGAGGAUUUGAAUCCCUCCUAUUGCCGAAAAUUGAAGGCAAAACGGUUGGAGAUGGCGCGAGAACACCAGACGCUACACACUACAAUAUCACCACCGCUGCACCCCGCCGUUGCACCCACCCUUGUCUGAACCUCCGCCCGACCUCCAUCUGAAACCCUUCUCUGCAAUAGACCUCGUUGUUAUUGCCAUUGUCAUUAGGGAGUUUCCGUAUAUGAUCAUGGCUGGAACCAGCUCUCUUCUUCUUCCUCCAUCUCCAUCUAUUGUCGACGCAUUACAGCCACCACCAUCUUGGCCUGAAACCAAAGUCACCAACAGCAACCGAGCUCACUCGCAACCGAAUAGCCCCCUUGCGGCUUGGCUGCAAGCUUUAAAAGAAAAAGGAUCGAAGAAGAAGAUGAUGAUGCUGAUGCACAAUAGCACCGGUUCUUCCGCCAUGGAUCUCUCUCGCCACCCCGAAUCUUCCGCCCUAGAUCUCGCUCUCUCUGUCUCUCUCUCUUUCUUUCCUUCCUGUCGGUGCUUGAUUCCCACCCCAUUACCAUGUGUCCCAAUCCCAUAAGACUUCCACCUCACAGGUCCCGCUAAACAAACGACGGGGCUUUUACGUUCUCUAAUGUCUCUAUCUCACCCUUCUUUUUUACCUCCUCCUCCACCUCACCCGCCCUCUCUCUCUAAAAUAUAUCAUCUAAUUAAUUUUAAUUCGUUUAUUUUCAACCGGCAGGAUUGUCUGAUCAUCUGUCCUCACCUGUCUGCUCCUCCUGCAAGAAAGAAUUCCAUUUUCAUCGAACCCUUCCAAUUCUCAGAGGAGUAUCUUAUCGAUGAUGUGAAAUGUCUCAAUUUGUAGUUUGAAUUGUUAUUAGCUUCAACUCUUCCUUGAAUUGAGGCUCUGUGGUGAUCUGCGGCCGAGUAUCCAUGUGAUAGGUUGUACACAAUGUUUGAUUGUGGUAGACCGCAGUUUCUGGGUGGUCACAGGGACAAGUUUGUAAGGUUGGACGACUUGGAUUCUAGAUUAUCAAUGAAUUCUGAUGCAGCAGGAAUGAAAAGAUGUGGAUUCAAUAUUGAAGGGCUGACACGUGGUGGUCGUGCAGCUAACAACCCGUCAAAAUCUUUCAGGAGUGGAAUGAGAAGGGGGUCUGAAGGACUCAAGUCAAUUGGCCGAAAUCUUAAGUUUGGGGUUUCUCGAGCAGUAUUUCCUGAAGAUCUUAAAGUGACAGAGAAGAAGAUAUUUGAUCCUCAAGAUAGAUUCAUUCAAUUAUGGAAUAGAUUUUUUGUCAUGUCCUGUAUUCUAGCAGUAUCCGUGGAUCCUUUAUUUUUUUAUCUUCCAGUUAACAAUGAUCAAACAAAUUGUCUGGGUAUAGAUGUAAAGUUAGCGAUCACAACUACAACAUUGCGGUCAAUCAUUGAUUGUUUCUAUGUUAUUCACAUGGCUAUCCAAUUCCGCACAGCUUAUAUUGCUCCAUCAUCUCGGGUUUUUGGGCGAGGUGAACUUGUGAUAGAUCCUGCACAGAUAGCGAAGCGUUAUUUGCGAGGAUUUUUUAUCUUAGAUUUUAUUGCCGUGCUACCCUUGCCACAGAUUGUAGUUUGGAGAUUUCUUCAGGGAUCGCGAGGCUCUGAUGUACUUGCUACAAAACAGGCAUUACUUUUCAUUGUCUUACUUCAGUACAUCCCAAGGUUUUUCAGAAUCUUGCCCCUAAUGUCAGAAUUGAAGAGGACUGCUGGUGUCUUUGCUGAAACUGCUUGGGCUGGUGCUGCCUACUAUUUGCUGUGGUACAUGCUUGCGAGUCAUAUAGUUGGUGCUUUCUGGUACUUAUUGGCAGUAGAACGCAAUAAUGCUUGCUGGCAGGAAGCUUGUAAGACUAAUAGUCAAUGCAAUCAAAAUUACUUGUAUUGUGGCAACUGGCAUAUGGAAGGUUAUGAUGCCUGGCUCGGCAUCAGUGAAGGUGUUUUUGCUAAGGCAUGUUCUUCAGAAGGAGAAUUCAAUUUUGGAAUUUAUACGCAGGCUUUGACAUCUGGUGUUGUUGCAUCCAGGCAGUUCCUGUCUAAAUAUUGUUACUGUUUAUGGUGGGGGCUACAAAACUUGAGUACUCUUGGGCAGGGGCUCCAAACCAGUACCUAUCCUGGCGAGGUCAUCUUUUCCAUAGCUCUUGCUAUUUUUGGGCUCAUCCUCUUCGCACUCUUGAUUGGUAACAUGCAGACCUAUCUUCAAUCUCUUGGUAUCCGACUUGAGGAAAUGAGGGUCAAAAGGCGUGAUUCAGAACAGUGGAUGCAUCACCGUUUGCUUCCACAAGAUCUCAGGGAGCGAGUCAGGCGGUAUGAUCAGUAUAAGUGGUUGGAAACACGUGGAGUGGAUGAAGAAAGCUUGGUUCUGAACCUGCCAAAGGAUCUCAGGAGGGAUAUAAAACGGCAUCUGUGUUUGGCUUUGGUGAGAAGGGUUCCUCUGUUUGACAAUAUGGAUGAACGGUUGUUGGAUGCCAUUUGUGAGCGGCUGAAGCCUAGUUUGUACACUGAGAAAACUUACAUUGUCCGGGAAGGAGAUCCAGUGGAUGAGAUGCUUUUCAUAAUACGUGGUCGCCUGGAGAGUGUGACCACUGAUGGUGGCAGAAGUGGAUUUUUCAACCGUAGUCUACUGAAAGAAGGGGAUUUCUGUGGAGAAGAACUCCUUACCUGGGCAUUGGAUCCGAAAUCUGGUUCUAACCUCCCAUCUUCCACCCGAACAGUUAAGGCUUUAACAGAGGUGGAGGCUUUUGCCCUGAUAGCUGAGGAGUUGAAGUUUGUUGCUAGUCAGUUUAGGCGCCUCCACAGCAGACAGGUUCAGCACACAUUCCGUUUCUACUCACAACAGUGGAGGACAUGGGCUGCAUGCUUUAUCCAAGCUGCUUGGCGCCGUUAUUCUAAGAGGAAGAUAGCAGAGCUUCGGCGUCAAGAAGAAUUAGAAGAAGAUGAAGUAGAACAAGAAGGAGAUGAUUUUGGUGGAGAUGAUGAUACUUCUUCGAUUGGUUCAUCCAGUUUUGGUGCAACCAUCUUCGCAUCCCGUUUUGCAGCGAAUGCUCUUCGGGGAGUACAUCGCCGUCGGAAUUCCAAGAGUGCUAUAGACUUGGUGAAACUACCAAAGCCUCCGGAGCCUGACUUUGAUGCUGAUGAUGCAGAAUGAUUUAUCAUAUUUGAUUUUCUUAUCUGUGAAAAUUGUGGACACAGGCAUAUCAUUUGUAUCUAUUCUCAAAGAGAGCAAAGAAUAGCCUAGAAUAUACACACAAAAUCAUCGACUUGGAAUUCAAUUUGUACUUGAAGUUCCUUGGAAGCAAUUGUAAGUUUUAUAAGCCUGGGUUUGCUGGAGUUCAUGGCUCUGCAUUGUACUGUAUACUAGUAUCAUCCAUUAGUAGAUGGAUAUCCACUUUUGUGAAAA